AGAGAGAGAUUUAUUUUUUAUUUUUUAUUUUGAUGAAUAACACAGAGAGAGAGAGACACAUAUACAUAUGACACGCCAAGAUUUCGUUAUCCGUUUCCGAAGGUUACGAGCUCCUCGCUUCACAAGGAGGAUGGCUUCUCUGUUGCUUCCAAUUGGUUCUGCUUUUGGCAACAGUCUGUUUGCCAAUCAUCAAGCCAUUUCCAGUGAUAAAGUUCGCGGUCUGGUUGUGAGAUGCUCAACUUGGGAUCUUAAGGCUGAAGCUUCAAGGGCAAGUGAAUUGAGGGAUGCGUUCAAUGUAAUUAAACGUAGGGACAUAAUUGGGCUAGCUUUCGGAUUGUCAAGCCUCUUUAUAGACUCAUUUGAAGCCAAGGGCGCUGGCUUGCCCCCUGAGCAGAAGCCAAGACUCUGCGAUGACACUUGUGAGAAAGAGCUUGAAAAUGUACCUAUGGUAACUACAGAGUCUGGUUUGCAGUAUAAGGACAUAAAAGUUGGUGCAGGCCCUAGUCCACCAGUUGGAUUUCAGGUGGCUGCUAAUUAUGUUGCCAUGGUUCCAUCUGGACAAAUAUUCGACAGUUCAUUGGAGAAAGGUCAGAUUUACAUUUUUCGUGUUGGCUCUGGUCAGGUGAUCAAGGGACUUGAUGAAGGGAUCCUGAGCAUGAAAGCAGGAGGAAAGCGUCGAAUUUUCAUCCCAGGAUCAGAAAUUUAGGGACACAUAGUCCCAGCUGUGGGGAUUGAACCCUAGAUCAGAACCCGUCCCUGGGGGAUGGAUGGAAGGCCAAGGCCUAUUGGCAUUAGAAUUCAUAUUUACCUUUCUUUUUAUGGCUUGAAUCAGCAAUCCAGAUUCAAAAUUUUCAUUUUCUGCCCAUGUGUCUUCCCAAGAGCCAAUUGCAAGUUUCUGUUCUGAAAAAUUUUGGUGGAAAGGUUCUAACGUGUAUUGGGU